CGGGAAGGUUGACUGGCUGGUACGCCGAGCCUCUGGGGAGAUGUGUAGUGACUUCCAUAGGGCUGAAUCUGGGACGGAGCUCCUUGCCCGACUGGAAGGUAGAAGUUCCUUGAAAGAAAUAGAACCACAUCUGUUUGCUGAUGAAGAGUCACCUGUGCAUGGUGAUAGUCUUGAAUUUCAUGGUCCAGAAGGAACAGGAAAGACAGAAAUGCUUUAUCAUUUAACAGCACGAUGUAUACUUCCAAAAUCAGAAGGUGGACUGGAAGUAGAAGUCGUGUUUAUUGAUACAGAUUACCACUUUGAUAUGCUCCGGCUUGUUACAGUCCUUGAGCAUAGACUAUCCCAAAGCUCUGAAGAAAUAAUAAAACGCUGCCUUGGGUGAUUGUUUUUGGUGUACUGCAGUAGUAGCACCCAGUUACUCCUCACCCUGUGCUCGCUGGGAACCAUGCUCUGUAGUCAUCCCUCUGUCUGCCUUUUGAUUUUGGAUAGCCUGUCAGCUUUUUAUUGGAUAGACCGCAUCAACGGAGGAGAAAGUGUUAACUUACAGGAGUCUACUCUGAAGAAGUGUUCUCAACUCUUAGAAAAGCUUGUAAACGAGUAUCGGUUGGUUCUCUUUGCAACAACACAAAGUAUAAUGCAGAAAGCCUCACACCUGGAGGAAGGGCCUUCCUGUGCCUUUAAUCGCCUGAGUGAUGUGGAUGUAGACUAUAGACCCUAUCUCUGUAAGGCCUGGCAGCAGGUGGUGAAGCACAGAAUACUUUUCUCCAAACAAAAUGAUUCUAAAGCCGGCAACCAGUUUUCUUUAGUUUCACGUCAUUUAAAAAGUAACAAUUUAAAAAAACACUUUUUUACUAUUGGAGAAAGUGGUGUUGAGUUUUGUUGAUGUGUAUCAUAAAACAGUCUUUUGUCAGAUCUUACGCAGUUUUAAAAAGUGUUUAAUAGGCUAAAA